UCUCGCUCUCUCUGUGUGAGACAGACGUCAAAAAUACCGCCGAAGAAGCUCUGAUCAGCAGCUUUUCCACGCAGCUGUCCAACGCUCAGAUGCGCACAGAUCCCAGAGACAGACCGAGGUGACAAUGGGUGGAGAGUUCCUCAUCUCCUGAUUGUUAGAAAGAAGCGCAUCGUUUUCAACGCGGACUGACUCGACUUUACGUCAUAAUUUGAAGCUUUUAGACAACCAGUGAAUGAAAAGAUGUGGAUAACUCGUAGUGCCGAACAUUUAAGCGGUGUUUUCUCUGUUUGGAAUCAGUGGGGUUCGCAUUACGUAGCGCUGCUGUGUUUAUUGUCUUCGCCAGUCAGGACAGAUGACGCCUGCCCGUCUUCUUGCAGCUGUGCCAGGGACUCGGGGACUGUGACCUGCUUACCUGAUGGGGGCCAAACUGAUCUACCUUCGGACAUACCAACAUGGACGUCCACUUUGAUACUUAGAGGUAGAAACAUUUCAACUUUACCUCAAGGCGCGUUCACUGUCAAUGGCACCGAGUUGGAAAUGGUGACACUCUCGCUUUCCUACAACGGGAUACAGACUAUUGAGCCGUACGCUUUCCUGGGACUCACCCGCUUACAUUUGUUAGACCUGAGCCAUAAUCAGCUGGAAACUAUCUCAUCCAGGGCUUUCCAUGGACUGACGGAGUUGCGCUCUCUUUUUCUUAAUUACUCUGUUUCGCCCGAUGCCACAGCGCAGCUUUCAUGCGCGCUCAGCGCGCAAAGUUUGCGGAACCUCCACAGACUGGAGCUUGCGGGAAAUCGACUAAAGUCUAUACCCAUGGAAAGGUUAGAUAUGUAUAACUUGCACUUUCUAGUCCUCAUAAAUAACUCAAUUGAGAACAUUGGGAGAGAAAACAUUUCUAGUUUGUACCAGCAGAGACGAAUACGCGUCUACUUGGCCUUAAAUCCGUUUCAAUGCAACUGUGAACUGGAAGUGUUUUACUACUGGCUAAAAAACUCAUCGCAGUGUCAGGAUGCUGAGCGGGUGUUUUGCAGUGAGCCGGAAGCGCGGAGGGGGGUCCCCGUGGAGAAGCUGCGGGGAGAGGACGUGGAUUGUAUGAAUGAGAACCUGGAGGCAGUCUCAUACGUGCUCCUCGGCAUAGUGAUGGCUCUGAUCGGAGUGGUGUUCCUCAUGGUUCUGUAUCUGAACCGGGGAGGCAUCAAACGAUGGCUCAAUAACAUCAGAGAGGCGUGCAGAGACCAGAUGGAGGUUUACCACUACCGCUAUGAGCAGGACUCAGACCCCAGGUUGGCCAACGUGGCUGUUUAGCUCAAUGCUGGUGCGAAAGAACAGAAAAGACAAGAGGGUGCUUAAAAUGAGCACCUUUUUAAGAUGCUCAUUAAAAAGGGGAGAAAACUGAUCUAUAACUUGAAAGUCUUGGUGAAAGCAAGAGACAAGUACAUCUCAGUAAAAUAGAACGUCCUUGACAGUUAAUUUCAAUAAUAAUUUUAUGGUUAGAGUUUUGGGGUAAUGAAAAUCUUAAUUUCAGUUUCUCAGAAAACUAACACAGUCAGGAGGAAAACAUUAAAGUUAUCCUGUCACUGAUACAAGCCACAAAAGUUCAGUGCUAAAUAAGCUGGUUGUUAGGAGAAUCCCUUUUUCAACCAUAGUAUUGAAAAGUUAAGUGGAAGGAUAAAGUGCAAUAGAAAAGGUACACAAGCAGCAACAAGGGAACCACACACAGAUGUAUCCUGGACAUUGUCUACAAAAGUGACCUCCUCCUUUGUAUUGUGCUGGAAACAAGCAGGGGAUUCCCUCUGGACACAUGUCUGAGCAAGAACUUGGAGAUGGUUUUAUGCCUGUUGCUCAGCAUAAUGCUAAUCCAGAUAAGAGGGUUUUUUUUGAUGAUGCUGUAUCUCACCUGGGAAGAACCAGAAGAACCUAGAACACAAUUGCAAUGAGCAGGACUCAGAUCCCAGGCCGGCCAAUGAGGUUGUUUAACCGGGGCCAGUCUGAGUAUAAGAGGAGCCAGAACUGAAUUUAAUUUAAUGGGCCUACUUACAAAUUGUUCACCACAUCAUUACUGUGUUCAUUUGUAUGAACAUUUUGCAUGUAUGACAACAUGUUUUAGGUUCAGUGAGCCAAAUAUGACUCCCCUAAAGAGACUGAGUCAGUUUGCAUUGUUUAUGUAAGAAAUUGCAUUUGAUGUGAAGUCUCUCUGGACUUGACCAUUGUAUAUAUCCUGUAGAAAUUGGGUUAUUUUUCUGAUUUACUCAUUUGCUCUUGCAGUCAUGUUUUGUGUACAGUCACCAGUGUAAAGCACUAGUUUCAUUCUGCUGUGCUUACAAGACAAUAUGAAUUACUUGUUGAGAUCUAUUUUGCAAUUGCAAUGUCAACAAAACAUGAAUUAAGCUCAGACAUUUACAAUAACUCAAUAAACUACAAUAGAAGGAUUAAUUUAUGGCUAUCAACUAUGAAAGCUUAUGUGACUUUUAUUACAUCUUAAAACAUGCUUCAAAACUUUUAAUUUACAUUUGAAUAAAGAAAUAUGAAUUAUUUUAAGCUUUCCAUUUAGAAAACAUGGGAUCUUGCUAAACUCCCCAUGCUGGCAUUGGGAGCCCUUAACAACAGAUUAGUUCUCUUAUGCAUUUGGACAGUUUUAUGUUUAAAUACUCUAGAAAAAUUAGGCUUUUGUCGUGAUGUGAAAUAAUAGAAGAGAAAUGAAAUCAGGAUUUAAUAGAACUACAUUUGGAAUCAAGAUUAUGAAAAAUAUAAGGGGCAGAAAAUGGGUUCUUUAUUUCUUGAUGGAGAUCAAGACACGUAAAUGACUUUUCUGUUAAUGCUUUCACAACUGAAAAGUAAACUUCUGAGGAGAACUGCACUUUUCAUAAAGAGGGCUUAAUGAGAUGGAUUUUUCAAUCUGAAAAGCUCAAAUAAAAUAGUGACUCAGCUACUGUUAUUCUUAGAAAAGUAGUUUGCUGCAGGCUCACAAACCCUGCAGGGAAAACUAGAUUAUUCUGUCUUGGUUUAUUAGGUGGAGUGCAAAUUAUAAGAGAGACAUGACAUUAGCAGGCUGGUGUAUUUAUUAGAGUGCCAUGUUUGUUGUAAGAAGUACAGCUGAAAUAAAAUUAAUCUUAUACAACUUGAAAUGGAUUUUAGCAACCCUUUUUUGGGGGGGAACAUGUCGUAUUAUUUAAGGUUAGUUCAUCUCUAAAUUAGUAGUUAGAUAUUUAACAUUAGAAAAUAAAAUUUUAAAUGUUCAUAACCAUAGUAAAUCAUUACACUAAACAUGUAUCAGCUUCUUUUGGACCUGUGCUGGAUAUUAAUUUAAUGUUUUUAUAAAGACUUGAU